CACCCAGCUUUGAGCCCACGAGCCAACUUCUAAAUCCGAGCUGUGUGAACCACAGCUUGGCCAUCCGAAAGCUGCUAUGCUUAUCAACGGCGUCAGCACGAUCUGGUCGCUAUUCUUCGCCACCUCAUGCAUCGCCAACAUAACAUCACCAUAUGCAUUGACUUGGUCUUCUUCCAACAAUAUCCUCUGCAGCACUAACGGCCGCUGUGGCCCGUCUGGUCCUGAUGGGCCGUGGCACGCUCCUGUCGUCGAUUUUCGUUUCCUGCCAAACUCCGUCCCUUUAUAUCCUUCCCUGUCUGACGAGGUCGAAGUAUUUUAUCCGUCAUAUGUGCCAAGUGGUACCAAUGACGAUGGACACUUGUACCAGUUCGGAGACCUUCUUAUCAAUCAGUCUGUUAGCGCCUUCGCCAUCAAUGCCAGUCUGUCGUUAAUACCUGCAUAUCCACAGUCGACGCUCAUUCUCGACAAGACCUUUACUUUCCUUGUCCAGCAGUGGAAAAUUGGUCUACUAAACGGGUCACAAUACAGCCCACAGGUCGGCUACUUGGCUGUAGGGAAAAGAUUCAUGAAUGCUGCCGCCUUUGACCCUACCAAUGGCUUCACUUCUCGAUCCUGGUCUAUGCAUUAUGGCAGCGCUUCACUGAGUCUAUUGGGAUCUUUUGUCUUUGGUGGCUAUGAGCAAAACCGCGCCCUGGGCCCUGUUGCAAGUUUUGACAUUGUUAAGUCUACCGAUCUACGGACAUUCUUGGUGGAUGUAACUCUUGGGGUCGAUAACGGAGCAUCGCCAUUCAACCCGGAUCUGGGUAUAACCAAGGACAUCUCAAAAAGCAUGUGGCGCAGUCUCGGGUCAGUAAAUAGCAACAUUGGCGCACCAUUUGGAGCUGCAGCAGUGUAUAUGGCUCCUGAAUAUCCCGGAAUCUACCUGCCUCAGGAAGUCUGCGCAGCUAUUGCAACGAUGCUUCCUGUAAUCUGGCAACCAAACAUCGGGUACUACACUUGGAACACCUCGCAUCCAAGCUACCAGCGCAUCACCACCUCUCCCGGCUACUUGGGCUUUGUCUUUGCCGACCGAUUUGCAAAGAAUAUUACAAUCAAGGUGCCUUUUCCGCUGCUGAAUCUAACGCUUGAGCCUCCAAUCGUCGCAACUCCAACUCCGUAUUUUCCGUGCCACUCGUAUAACGGUUCCACAGCAUUUUUGGGAAGAGCAUUCUUUCAGAGUGCAUUUUUAGCUGCAAACUGGGAUAGCAAUUUGUUUUAUCUUGCUCAGGGGCCCGGCCCGAAUCUGGACCAGUCCAUCAUGCAGGUCUUUCCGACCAACGGUGCUGCUUUUCCAACCAACAGCCUAGACUCAUUCAGCAAAACAUGGUCGACUUUUUGGACCCCGAUACUAGCACAACCUGACGCAGAACCGCAUCAUGAAACUGGAACCGGGCUUUCUCCUGGGGCAAUUGCGGGCGUUGUUAUUGGCGCGUUGGCUGGUGCAGCGCUGAUUGGCGCCGGUUUGUGGUUGCUUUUCAAAAAGAAGCAAAGGACGAACUCGCAAUCGGAAGAAUCGCACAAGAUACCAGGCUAUACUCAUGAAGCCGAGGCGCGUACGGCACAAAUGUGCGAAUUAGCUACACCAGACCAGCAUCUCGGUCUGGCGGCGCCAAGCACUAGCCAUAUAUCCGAAUUGCCGGCAAGCUAGACUCUAGAAUAUUGAAAUCUCGUUAUUGGCGCCCUGCAUAGUAGACGUCCAAUCUAAAACACUUUGUUCCUUUUAUAUUGUUAUGAUACGUUACCCUAAUCUGCCUCACCAUGGCCCAGCUCUACUAGAUGGGGAGUUGGAUGCCAGUUGAUGGGAUCGGGUUGAAUAGUGCGCUGCUCCUCGCGACAUCAAGUGCCUAUAUCUCAGUGCCGCGCCGCUUCUCAGCAAUGCGAUACGGCCGUCGUCAAUCUGGGUUCGAGUUGGAUUCCUUGUAUACCUACCAAGGUUUUACUUGCCAGCUGAACCCCUGCGAGAUUGAGUGUGCUGCAACGCAAAGCGUGGCGGGGACAUGGCGGAACAAGACGCGACAAAGCGAUACAAUGCCAUGCUUCAUUACUUGACGAAUAGAAAUCAAGUGUUUCUUAAGCCCCACUAUAAAAGCCCACAUUCGUAGUUUCAAAAAUUUAGCAGAUAUUAUAUAAUGAUGUAGACCUGCUUCCGGUACAUACGACCAUAGAUACAGGAGAACUCGGGAUCCCGUCCGCUCUCCCAUAGAUAAGCCUGUAAUCGGCAGAUUAGUAGUUGGGUCGGUGACGACCAGCGAACACCGGCUGUUGUAUGUUUUUUUGCAAUUUUUUGCAGGUGAUUUCGCUUAAUUGUGGGAUAUCUUUGCUACUGUACGGGGUUGCCGGGAAGAAGGCAAGCGCAAUAGUGGCCCGCGGUAUUAAGCCAUAAGAAUCACCCCAUACAGUGUGAUUUUGCUUCAAUAGCGGUGAAGGGAACGGAAUAAAACAAAUGUGAGCUAAUGCGAUUAGCUUCUAUAAUUGGCAAAUUCAUCUCGCGAUGAUUUUACGAGCUAAAGGAGUUACUGAUUGGUAUUUGCUCCUUUCGGGAGCUCGCACAAAAUGAGCGCCAUAAGCACGCUAUUAGCAUUGAUUCGUAUAUCUCCCUGUACAGACUAAAAAAAAAAUAGCGGUUGCUUACGCCUGCUCUUGAUCAACUUAUUAUCUAUAUGUUAAGGGCUUCGCCCUCCGUUGCG